AUGUGCGGUAUUAUUGGUGUUCUCACUCAAAAGACUGAUGCUGAAGUCGCUGUCCUCGAAGGUAUUGAACUUCUUUAAAACAGAGGUUAUGACUCUGCUGGUAUUGCUUCCAUCAAGGCUGGUGAAACUGAAUUCACUCUCACUAAGUUGGCUUCUGACUCUAUCAAGAAAAUCGAUUGCAUCGAUGUCUUAAAGGAAGUCAUUCCUCAAAAGCACAAAAACUCUUACAUCGGUAUUGGACACACCAGAUGGGCCACUUGCGGUGGUAAGACUGAUCAAAAUGCUCACCCUCACUUUGAUCAAGACUAGAGAAUCAUGCUUUGCCACAACGGUACUCUUGACAACUUCACUGAUAUCAGAAGUGAAUUGAUUUCAUAAGGCAUUAAGCUCUCCUCAGAAACUGAUUCUGAAUUAAUUGCUCAAUUGAUCGCUCUUGAAUUAAAGAGUGAUGAAUCUCUCACCACCUUCAAGGCUGUAAGAAGAGUCAUCCAAAACAAACUUCAAGGUCAAUGGGGUUUAGUCAUUAUCGAUAAGUGCAAUCCUGAAAGUUUAAUUGUUGCUAGAAAUGGUUCUCCCAUUUUGGUCGGUAUUGCCACUGAUUCCAUCUACGUUGCCUCUGAAAAGAUUGCUUUCGAAAAGUACACUUCCAACUACAUUUUACUCUAAGACGGUGAACUUAUGGAAUUCAACUUGAAGAACAUGUCUGAAUUCUACAAGAACAACAAGGACAGAAUUCAAGUUAUCAAGGAAAAGAAUGAAGUCCAAAUUGCUCCUAAGUCUCCCUACAAACAUUUCUUUGAAUAAGAAAUCUUCGAACAACCCGAAACUCUCCUUAAGACCUUCAGUAAUGGUGCCCGUUUACUCCAAGAAAACAGACCCAAAUUAGGAGGUCUUGAACCCUACUAAAAAGAUAUCGCCAAUGUCAAGAAUAUGGUUAUUGUUGCUUGCGGUUCAAGCUACUAUGCAGGUGUUUAUGCUAACAACUUCUUCAAGAAAUUGAAAUGCUUCAACUCUUGCUAAGUCAUUGAAGCCUCUGAAUUCACUGUUUACGAUUUACCUGAUGAAGAUGGUGGUAUGAUUUGCAUUUCUUAAAGUGGUGAAACUGCUGAUGUCAGACACUGCUUAUAACUUGCCUAAGAAAAGGGAUUAUUCACUAUUGGUGUUGUCAAUACUGUUGGUAGUUAAAUUGCUACCUCUGUUAACUGUGGUGUUUACGUUCACUGCGGAAGAGAAGUUGCUGUUGCCGCCACUAAAUCCUUCACAUCCUAAUGUGUAUCUCUCAUUAUGAUUGCUGCCUGGAUUUCCAGCGUCAAGGAAGAAUAAAAUAAAACUCACUUACAUGACAGAGUCCGUCCUUUACUCAUCCAAUCUUUACGUUCUAUUCCUACCCAUGUUGGUAUCACCCUUUACUAAGUUAAAGAAUAAGUCAAACCUAUUGCCUAACAUCUUGCCUCACAUGACCACAUUAUUAUAUUGGGUAAGGGAUCUUGUUCUUCCAUCGCUAAAGAAGGUGCUUUAAAACUUAAGGAAUUAACUUACAUCCACGCAGAAGCUUUCUCUGCUGGUGAACUCAAGCAUGGUCCUCUCGCUUUAAUUAACUGCGAAAAGCCCAAAAGCACUGCUGUUAUUCUUAUUAUUCUUGAUGAUGAAUACUACCACGAUAUGAGUCUCGCUUUGAGUGAAGUUCACAGCAGAGGCGCUUACACUAUUGUUAUUACAAACUGCUUAAAGAAAUUAGCCGUCGAUAAAGUUGAUGCUUCUAUCUAAAUUGAAUAAAAAGAUAUGUUAUCCUCAUUAAUGUGCGUUCUUCCUCUUCAAUUACUCACCUACGAAAUAUGCACAGUCUUAGAAACAAACCCUGAUAAACCCAGAAACUUAGCUAAGUGCGUUACUGUUAAAUGA